AUGGUCGACGCCAAUCAGGUUUUGACUCUCGAAGAGAUCCAACAAGCCUGCAAUGUCGAACUCGUAGACAAAGAUGGGAUCAAGCAGACUUUUGGAGACUUGAUCAAAGGGAAGAGAGUGGUGUUGAUCUUCAUAAGGCAUCUUUGGUGCACAAAUUGUCAAGCUUACACAUAUCAGUUUGGCAAGUCCAUACCUCCCUCAAACUUACCUGCAGGUACAGAAGCAUAUAUAAUAGGAUGCGGUGCAUCCUCUCCUAUUCCCUCAUAUCUCACCCGGACUUCAUCACCUUAUCCAAUCUACUCAUGUCCCUCCCUCGAUCUACACAAGGUAUUCAACUUCGGUAGAACCCUCAAAGGACCCAGUACAGGAGAAAAGAAAACUUACAUGUCAGAAUUGGGAGGAGGGUUUAACAGGACUUGGUUAUCGCUCAAACACAAUUUACUGAAGACACCAGGACAUGGGCUGGAGAGUGUCAGAGGACCGAAUGAUCAGAAUGGCGGAGAGGUGAUCUUCGAAAAAGAUGGCACUUGCUGGUAUAUCCAUAGAAUGCAGAAUACAGAGGAUCAUACCAACCUUGAAGAGCUAGCUAAGAUCAUCGGAGCAGAGUAUACGCCUUUAUCUGAGAAAGACAAGUCGUAUCCCAAUUGA